GUUACAUUCUCAAGAGAUAUGUGGAAAAACUAGCCCGCGACGGACAACUGGACCAAUUCGUGAAGAAGAUCCGGCAAAAUCAAGAUCCCCAAAAAAGGAACACCUGGAACAGGGGGAAAAACGAGCCAGCCUCAACUUCAAAGAAAAGAGAGGUUGGAGCCCAGUUUGAGGAAGAUGAAGAAGGGGAAGAUUCAGGCCGGCAGAAGCGCCCACAUGUCAACCAGAUCUACGACGGACCUAUAGGCGGAGACACAACGGUGGAGAGGAAAAAAUGGAAUCAACAACUCUUUAUUGGAGAAAUCAACCGCCUUCCCGCCGACAAGAAGCAAAAGCGGGAGUCCAUUAUCUUCACCGACGAUGACCUGCCACCGUGUCCUCCACCACAUAGGGAUGCGCUGAUGAUGAAAAUGGAGGUUCUUGAUACCAUUGUCCAUCGACUCCUCGUGGACAAUGGAAGCUCGGUAAACAUUCUAUACAUGAAUACUUUCUAUGAGAUCGGUCUCCAGAAGGCAGACCUCAAGCCCGUCAAAACCCCGCUAUCAGGUUUUACCGGGGACACGAUUAAGCGGCAAUCAAAAUUUUAUUUGACUCUAAAAUCUGAAAAUUUUCCCCAAAUUUCUUUUAUCUAACUCUCGUUCCCGCUAGCUUUUCUCAAAUUUGUCACAGAUUGAACUACAAUACGGCAAAUACAGUGUGCCCUAGUCGUGUUCUUUGGAUUCCAUUUUCUCCUUCGAUCAGAAUGACUUCGUUGUGGUGACGUAGAUGGUCGUUGUCGCGGCGGCUCUUAAUUAACCUAGGGAUGGGAGUUGAUGUUGGUUCCUGGAACUAAUUCCUUUCAUCGCACAAAGUAUUUAGUUUUCAAACACCAACCUGCAGGGAUACUAUUUUCAUCAUAGAGCUGCCUCCAAUCCAAGUUCCUUAAACAGAGUUUAAGGGAGAUUUGAGUGCCUGAGUUCAUAUUACAAGUCAUGUAAGACUCGUGAUAAUGCAUUUAACCAUUAUGCUAAUUGAGAUGGUUGAUAGAGCUGAUGACCAGUGGCAUGACUUGUGUAGCCAUUUCAACUCAGAUAAGGUUAAGGUACAUGUAUAUCUACAUGCAUUGUUCUUUCUUUGAAGCAUGAAAAGUAGAAGUAUAAUUUAAAAAGUAAUUCAAUAUAUUUUUGUAAACUCAGUUUUAAAAAAAAUCAAUGCUUAUGAAAAGAGUAAACUAGAUCAGAAGCAUAAAUAUCAAUAUUUUUAGUCCUAAUAGAAUAUCUUGUUAAGAAUUAAAUAUUAAAAAAAUGUCAUAUAGUUGAGGAUUUUCCAUCAUUUGCAAUGGAGCCAAAGAUUCAUUAUUUUUUGGCUUGAGAAUAUGAUGGAAUAGAGCAAAAUGGCUCACUAAACUGUCUGCGCUUCUUUGUUAUGAAGGAGCAGUCAGUCCAUGCAAUUUUGGACACGAUUUUCAGUAUGGGUCAUCCGGAAACAGUCUCUGUGUGCUUUAGUAUAGGGGUAAGACUGCGUACAUCCGACCCCCCCUUACCCCACCGUAGGUGGGAGCCUUUGCGGCACUGGGGUAAAUGAAAAUGAUGAUGAUGAUAGUUGAAGAGCAAAAGGUUAUGGUUAAGCAAACUCUGUAUCUUUAUGGUACUUGUUUGUAUAUUAUUUAUGUAUCUCUUAGAGACACGAUCAUCAUCAAAUCAUCAAACAUAAAGAAUUGCAAAAAACAGAAUAACCAUCGUACUAGUUCACGUCCUCUCUCAUACAUACUUGAAGAUAUGUCAGGCUCGGUUUACUUAGAUGUUAUAAACCAGACAUGGAGCCCUAUGUUUGAUCUGGUACAUGUGACUGAAGUGUUUGUUCCUCAACUGCUAUUGUAUCCUAACCCAUCAGACCCACUGAAUGGAGAGACUGCAGCUCUAGUGAUGCGUUAUCAGCCCUCUUAUGGUCAAAGAGUGAAAUAGUUCUGUGAAAAAUAUGCGAAGGCUUAAGAUAGAUGCUGGGGUGGUGCCGGAAGAGAAGUCUAGCAAUGAGGAGUUGAGCAAUGUGAAAUAGUGAAGAAGAGGAAGAAAUUGCAGGAAAAACGGAUCUCUAAGAGAUAAAACAAUGUGCUCUUUCACUAAAUGCCUCUAUUUGUACAUGAAAGAAAAAGCUAGUUUAUAUUUAGAUCAAUAAAUAAACUCUGCAUUAUGCUCAGUACUCUUUUUCCUUUAACAUCUGUUGCACCUUCUGUUAACAUAGUAUGAUGAUCUCUUGGCUGAAAAAAAGGCGGUAGUAAAGUAUAGACACAUGAUUGUAUGUUGUUUAAAAUAAUAAGUGUAUGCAUUUAUAACUUGGUUAUUUUGUGAUAGGAUGGCUCAAAAUUUUCAAAGGUUGAUGUCUUCUAGUUCACUUAUGGUGGAAAGGACAAAACUUGGACUGGUAGCACAGACAAAGCACAACAUGCAGGAUGAAAUGGUUUCUAGAACUACUAAUUACCUCAAGGAAACCAGAAAGGAUCGAAGACAUUCCACUGGAAGACAUACUUGUUGAUGAUCAGGAUGUUGGAUUAUACAUCAUGACAUUUGUCCUAGGUACAAAACCAGGAUGGCGCAUUCGUGGUUUAGGAGAUGGCUGUCUUCGUGAUAGCGGGUCAUCUUGUGCAAAAGUCAAGCAAUUGUCAAAUGAGCUAGAAGCUGAACGUGAUGCUCGAAAAGUGCCAGAUGUUGCUUGAAUGAGGCAGAGGAAUUGAUGCAAAGAAAAAUGAAAAAUGUUGAGCACUUGAGCACAACUUCAAUACAGUCUUGACAUAACUCUUUGAGUCAAUUAUGCAAUCAAAUUCCAGCAGUUGUUCUUCCCCCAUAUGUGCCACUCUCCAUUGAGGAUGAAGAAUCCAAUGAAGAUGAUACUCUUGAUGAUGAAGAAGGAAAUUUUAAUAAGGCAAACUAUAGCAGGGAAUAGAGAUUCAUGUUACAAGAAUAUUUUAUUUAUUUUCAGUUUACUUUGUUUUUCUUUCAUAACUUCAUAUGUAGUACCAUAUGCAAACAAAAGUUUUAUUUUCUUUAACACUACAUAGAACAUUUAGUAUUCUUACUAUUACUUACUACCCUUGUUCCUAAAAAUCCUUCCCGGUUUGACUUGGCA